AUGGCCAACAAGGAUUUCAGAUACCCGUCACCUGCCGACUCGCACAACUACGUGUAUGAUUUUCCAGACCAUAUUCGCCGUAAACACGGCGAACUGAAUGAGGGCCUUGAAGCUGGUCAUCGGAUACGUCUUCCUAUACCAGAUAUCCGGUUCGAACAGACAUACCUUAGCCGCGUGCAGACGUGCCUUCAUGUGGAAGAAAUAGCGGGAAGAGGAGGCGGUGUCGACCCUCCAUCAUCCACUGACGACUCAUUCACCGUUGCUACACAUGUCAUACCAGUCAUCACUUCAUCACAACAAAUCACACGCGUUGACUGGGGAAAACUAGCUUGGAUCACGGUUCGUGAUCAGGUAAUUAUGCCGCUGUUGCAAGGGAUGCUUUGGGGCAUCGUUGGAACAUACUACCGCCCCUUUGUUGGCGUUAUGAAGGACAGUCUUCGUAGUAAACCCGCUUCAUCCCUCCCAGUGGAAGGCGAAGGCGUGGGAUUGUUAAGGAGCUGGGCAAAGAAGUUGGGUCUCGGCCAACUUACAAUUGGACCUGUUAGCACGACAUCAAGGUUGUAGUCUUCAUGCAUCUGGCGAAUCAUGAUCAUGACCGGUUGACCUUCCAUCAAUCAUCAAUGUUUGCAUACUGUCCGAAUCAUACAAUAUGCUACCUACAGAAGGAAAGAUGCAUAUGACCACGAAAGGACUCGAUCUGAUGCAGACAAAAGGUUUUCAUACUGACAGUAUAUUUCCUUACAGAAUCACUCCAGACCUAGUAGUCCGUCGGUGUCCAGUACUUCGAGUACCCGUCUUAUAGGAUGGUGUUAGAGCGUAGC